AUGCCUUGGGGGCUGCGAACCCGGGUCCGCGCGGCGGUGGGUGUCAGAGAGCUCGGAUCAGGCGAGGACGGGUGCCGGGGUGGCAGGCGAGGGCCAGGGGUGGGGGCCCCAGGACUUGGCUCGGGGGACAAGGAUCUGGGUCAGCGGACUGAGAAGAUCGGGAUCCCGGGCUUAGAGCCGGAGUCAGGGGACUUGGGUCAGAGUCGGGGGUGGGGGGCUGCGCUGGCGCGGGGAGCUGGGCGAGGCGGAGGCCGGCAGCGGGCGCCUGUCCGCCGGGCCGCGGUGGCCCUCGAGGGCUCCUGCUUGCGGUUGACAGCAAGGCCCCCGCCCGGGGACAGGGCGCCGCCCUCCGCUCCACCAAUUCCCCGCGGCUACUCGGCGCCGCAGUCCCGGCCUAACCCGACAGCCCUACCCUGGCGCCCGCAGGCCGUCAGCCUCCCCGGCCACGGAUUCCCCGCGAGAGGCGGCCUGGGGUGCAGCCGGCGCGGGACGGGCGCUGGGGCUCCGGGUUCCCGGCCCCGAAGACCGCUCCUGAGUUCGGGGUCGAGAGUCGCACUCUUGCCUCCCCCUCGAGGGACGAAGGGGACCACCAUCCCGCAGCCUUGCUCCGAAGAACCACUCCACCAAGCCCUCCAAUUUUCCCUUCUGGCUGGUUCCCUUUGCAUGUCCUCUCUCAGACUGAGGAGAUCUUCAAAGGGAAAUGUCCUUUAUUUAUGGGGGGGGGGGGGCUGUUUCCCCCUCAGUGUGGCAUCCUCUUAUCGGCCUUUCACAAACUCCAUGCCUUUUCCUGCAUACAGGCUCAUCCUCCCCCAUACUGUGGGUUAA